UAAGCGUUUCUCCUCAGAGAGGAAAAAGCGAAAGGCAGCUUCUACUUCUUCAUUUCUUUGUCAUUCGGCAUAUCUACGCGUUUAACACGCGCACUCAGGGCAUUGUUUUGGAAAAAAAGUUGUUUUUUAUGUCAUUAUGAGUCGGGACCUACGGGCUCUGCAUGAUGACCUCUUUUAGAACAUUUGGUGGAAUAAACGUCGCACUGCAGGAGAGCAGCGUUUAUGAAGAAUACUGUGAUUUGCAACUUUUGGUUUUAUGACUUAUUUUCAGCUGUUCGUUUGGGAUUGCUGUCGCUGGUCACUUUUCUCGCUGCUGAGUUCCUCGAUGGCGUAGGUGGUUGCAAGAUUUCUUCAAUCACCUUUUUGGACAAGGAUUUGAUAUUUACCAGGCAUAUUCAUCUGGAUUAUGUGCGUAACACAAAUCGGAGUGUUUAAAAGCCAGUGAAAAGUCAUCAUCAUCACUUUUCGGAGAAAGGGAAAUGCGGAGUGAAAACGGCGUGUAGGAGGAUGCUGCUGCUUGUACAAUGGAAGUGAAGAACUCUUUUGCUGUUGUUGCGGUGGUUUGUCUGUUAUUUUGCACCACUUUCAGCCAAGAACUCAACCCCAAAGGCAGGAAUGUAUGCAAAGCACCUGGAUCAUCAGGAUCUGUGUGCUGCAGUGGAUGGGGGCAGCUAGGGGAUGAAUGCCUGACACCUCUCUGCGAAGGCAACUUCACCUGCAAGGAAAAUGAGGUGUGUGUCAGGCCGAAUGAAUGUCGCUGUCGUCAUGGAUACUUUGGAGCUAGCUGUGACACUAAAUGCCCUUCCCAGUUCUGGGGCCCUGACUGCAAGGGGAAAUGUAAUUGUUACCCCAACGGCCAGUGCGAUGACUUGACUGGCGAGUGUACAUGCAACCACAAUCGUUGGGGACCUAACUGCGAGAAUGCUUGCUUAUGCCAAAAGGGAAAGUGUGACCAAGAGACAGGCAAAUGCACAUGUCACCCUGGCGCCUGGGGUCCCCAGUGCAAUAACAACUGCUACUGCAGCAUCAACUCUGUCUGCGAUGCAAUGACGGGCCGAUGUAUGUGCAAUCCUGGUUGGACGGGCAGGAACUGUGCAAUCCAGUGUAACUGUAACAACUCACCAUGCGACCAGUUCGCGGGACGCUGCCAGUGCCGGGAGAGGCUGUGGGGCCCACGGUGUGAUCGUUACUGCCAGUGCAUCCACGGCAAGUGCAACCAGGCCGACGGCUCGUGCACCUGCACACCAGGGUACCGUGGGAAGUUCUGCAGGGAACCAUGUCCUGCCGGAUUCUAUGGUCAAAACUGCAGGAACAGGUGUGGGCACUGCAAGGGCCAGCAGCCCUGUAAGGUAACAGAGGGACGUUGCAUCACCUGUGACAGAGGUUGGAAUGGAACCCGGUGUGACCAGCUCUGCUCGAAAGGCUUCUUCGGCGAAAAUUGCCAGGAUGUGUGUCCCACCUGUAAAGACGGUCACCACUGUGACCCCAUCCAUGGCAAGUGCUCUCACUGUAACCCUGGCUGGAUUGGGGACAGGUGCGAGGUGCGCUGCCCCAACGGUACAUAUGGCGAGAACUGUGAGAACAACUGCAGUCACUGUUUUAACGGCAUCUGUCAUGUUGUCACCGGAGAGUGCUUGUGCGACCGGGGAUUUUAUGGCACAUACUGCAAUAUGACCUGUCAACCUGGCCAGUACGGAGUGAACUGCAACCAAACCUGCUCUUGCAAUGACAAGAACUGUGAUCCUGUGUCUGGUGCUUGCUAUCUCCAGCCCAACCAGCGGAUGGGUGUGAUCGCGGCUGGAACCCUGGUCUCCUUUUUACUGAUUGUCCUCCUCUCGCUGCUGUGCUGCUGCUGCCUGUGUCGACACAAAGACGACCACAACAAAAAAGCCAAGCGGAUCCUGUGUGGACGAUUCAGCCGAAUCAGCACUAAACUUCCCCGUAUUCCACUGAGACGACAGAAACUACCCAAAGUAGUCGUAGCCCACCACGACCCAGAGAACACCUUCAACUGCAGCUUCAUCGAGCCCCCGUCAGUGGCGGAGCAGCCAUCCCCCUCCUCCUGGUCGUCCCAGGAGUCUUUCUCUUCCUUUGAGAGCGGAGACGAGGGGCCAGUUUACUGUGUGCCCCAUGAAGAAUCUGUAAACGAAAGCAGAGGGAAGCGCAGCCCCAGCCCAGCAACAGAGAAGCCCGAAGCUGUCUCUAAUGACGAUGAUGCAGGGGAGUACACCUCGCUGAAAGACACCAGUGUCACAAAACCAGAAGGCAGCGAGCAGCCCCUGCUCAAGUCCUCUGACAGUGAAGGCUCCACCAGUGGCUCUGAAUCCACUACUGUGGCCCUCUACGCCCGCAUCGCCCGCCUCUCCAAGCAGUCCAAGGAGGAUGAUGGCAGUGGCAAGGAUGGGGAUGGCGCUCCUACACCAGAGGGUAAGCGCAAUGGAAAGCCACCACCUUCACCUGGCAAGCCCAAACCACGUCCACCAGACCCGUCCACUAAGCCUAAAGUAUCUUGGAUACACGGAAAUACUACAGGGUCUCCCCAGCCUGAGCAACAGGGGCAUGGGGGAAUCAAGGCACUUGCCCUGCCAAAGGAGAAAAAGAGGAGCUCCAGCGAUGGCUCAGCCAAGAGCGAGGAGCAGCAGAAAAUGAAGGAGAGGAGCCGUGAGCAACAGAAGAAACAAGAGGGGAAGGAGGCGGACGUCAAUGGCUCCCCCAGCAAACACAAACCUCUGCGAGGCAAGAAGUCUGGGGACGAGCCCAGCAGUCCCAGUCACAUGGAGCACAUCAAUGGUGUGGUUCAGAAUGCCCUCAAGAAGAUAAGUAGCUUCCACAGCUCCACAUCUGAGAAGAAGAGUGCUGACAGUCCAAAGGAGAUCCCGAAGGAGCCACCGAAGAGCCCCAAGGUCAUCCACCCUCAUAUGAACUCUGAGGCUGCCACACUCCUGGCUGCUCAGCUCAAGGAGAAAACCCAAAGCAUCAACAGGAACGAGGGGACAGGGUUGACGAAGACCAACGGUCUCUCCACACCCAAGGGAAACAGGGAGAAGCCUACACCUCCACAGAAAGCCAAGAGGACCCCCUCCAGCGGUUUAAACCAGCAGGGCUCCACCAAGCCCCUGCUGCCCACCUCGAGCAACCUCCAGAAGAUGGUGGCUCCCGUCGCCACCGACCUUGGGAACCCUGAAGCCAAGAGCCCGGAGAAGCAGGACUUGAACGGCUCAAGGGCAGGGGACCUGAUGUUUGAUCCUACACCAAAGAAGACUCCCAUAAAAAAGCCACCCAGGAAGAAAGGCAAGGAGGGUACUUUGGAUACAUCGGAAAAUAAAAUACCCCAGCAUAAGACAGCCAUCAUGCCACCACAGGUAGUGAAAUAAGCAUUUUUAAAGACAAAUGACCAAAAGUUUGUGAUGGAUUUCAAAGAGACUAAAAUGGAUUUGUUGGAAGUUGAAACACAUAGUUUUUCAAUCAAGGAAUUUUGACAUUUUCUGUGUGCUACGACUCCGGGACCAGUCAAGAGUGAGAAAUGCUUUUAAAUCGAGGGCGCAAUCGUAUUGGUGAGUUGUAUUAUAAUGACCUCUAUACACCAUUGUAUUUCAUUUCAAGAAUUCUUUAUUGUGUAACAACUAUGUAUCAAUCUCACACCACAACCUGUUGCUAAGCCGGACACAACUGUGAGAACAGUGGUGCACAGACUUAAUCCAUAGUUCAUUCAUCUCUAUUCCUCUGCAGUAUGUCCACCACUAUAUUUAUAUAUGGAUUGCUUUUGAGGUUGCAUGACUGUAAUUUGCGAUGCAGGUGUCAGGAAGAUAGCAUUUGUUUUGUACGCUCUCCAAAGGUACUAAGGGUACUAAUAAAAAACAGAAAAUUAGAUCCUCUGAGGAUUGCAAGCUAUUUUGUUUUCUUUGAAUUGUUUGUGGACCAACAUGCAUAAAUACAGUUAAAUACAUAGGCUAUUCUUUGCAGAUGAGGGUCUACUUCAUUUUUGUCAACUAUGAGCAACACUUUCUACGUGAUUUGUGGGGAACUUCUUGAGCAAAGAAAGCACCUUUUUAUUUCCCUCCUUUAUUUUUCUGCUUAGCAAGUUUCAGGUUGAUAAACCACAUUUUAAGAAACAUCUUUUAACUAAAUUUGACACCCCAAAAUACACAGGUUACGCUACAUUUAGGACCUAAUUGUCCGCUUUGCUUGUGAGUCACCUUUAAAUUCCGCACUGAGCUUUAGCGUUGAUCUCAAGGCUCUUCCUUACAGAAUAUAUUUUCAUUUUUGGAUUUAAAGACUUAGCUCUCUUUUGUUGAACUCUGUCAGACAUGGUUUGUUGAAACCCAAACAAGCUCUUUGAUCUUUCUGCAAAAAGGGCUGUUUUAAACCUCUUACAUACUUCGGCUAACACCAAAUCACCAGAAUGUGCUCUUACUGUACGUUUUAUUCAGUCAGCUAAACCACUAAACCAAAAAUGAAAUCCCAAGCUAUCCUAUGUCCUCACUUUAUGGCAUGCUUAUAAAUCAAUUUAAACUUACUUUCUUUCUCUGUAAUACAGCAACAUCUGCAGUUUCCCUAUGCUGUAUUUUAGAAAAACAUACUGCAAGACACCCCUGUAAAUCAGAUGCAAUACAUAGUUUUUUCCAAAGUAACAGUUAGUAGUGUUCUCUACAGAUCUGAUGAGAGAAAGAGACUGCCAUGUGUCUUUAUCUGCUCUUUUAGUUUAGUUGCGAAACUAGGUCAAAAUCACCAACUGAGCUACUUCCAUUUCACAUGAAUGUGUUUAUGCCAUCGGGAUAUUGAGUGGAAACAAAUAUUGUCAAGGAUGUUUUGUCCCUUAAGGAUCUUAUUAUCUUAAGCUAGUAGACUUAUGCUGAAGUCACAGGGUGCUUUAGUUUCAUUUGUUUGACUGUAGGGCUAAAUGGUACCGUGCCUUGAGUGUUAAAAUGUGCCUCAACUGUGGAUCAGUUUAAGCUAAAUAAGCCAUGUUUGCCUAAAUGUUGUUGCCAAGUUUUAUUUCAAGUGUUGAUCCUAAAACAAGUAAACCAAAAAAGGUGGUGGGGUGUGAUACUCAAACUGGAAUAAUUCAGUGUUUGAAGAGAAACAAUCUUUUUACUUCAGUUAUUGGUGGAUAGCUAUCUUGAAAGUAGCAUUUAAAACAUGAGCUAUGAGCAAUGAAUGAUAGGUAUGUAUGUUAACGUGCCAUUGGUAUUGGUAUGGGCUGAAGAAUAUAUUACAUUCACAGCUAAUUUGAAAAAUUGUCUUGGUUUUAUGUGUUUUUAUCAAGGUACAACGCAUUUCUUUGGGGUUUGUUUCAACAUGUUCUACUUGUAUACAUUGUGUACUUUUUAUUAUCUUUGUAAGCUGUGCUUAUAUGACCUUCUUAGUUCUUCUGUUUUCCUUGGUGUCAAUGAACUGGCUUUCAUGUUGUAUUUGCUUUUCUUUUUUUUUAUAUGUUGCUUAUUUUGAGCUCUGAAGCAAACCUACAGUAUGAGUACUUUCCAUCUUGUAAAGUUUACAUUGGCUUUGUAAUUGUUCUCUGUUGAUGUUAUUGUUUGUGUAACACUUAACUGCAUGACGCAGAGUGUAAUUAUAUGGCAUUAAUAGCUACAUCGGAAAUCUGUAACCUUUUUGUUCCCUCCAGUUGUUAUUAUUGCCUCCCAUACAUAAGAUUAACUCAUACGGAAAGGAUUGUACAAUACUACUAUGAUACCACUGUUCAAACAAUUGCAUAUACUUAAAACCAUAACAUUGUGUUAUUAUGAAGUGGCAAUUUUUAUCUGACUGGCCCGUGCCUGUUUUUAUAGGCGUACAGUGCAUUUUUGUAAAGAAGGGCCUAAAAAGCUGCAAAAACAUUACCAACUGUAAGGUAUAUUUUGUCUUUUGUGGUUUGUUCUUAGCAACUUUGAUUUCCAUUUGUGUAUGGUCAUUAAUUGGUGUUUCCUCAUUUACUUCUUUGGAAUAAAAAAAGCAAUACAUGUAGCUCUAGUGAAACCAGAA